AAAUCUUUCUACAAUGCAGCUCAGCUGGGCGUACGAUGGCGUCAACGGGUCUGUGCCACGUAAUACUGGCCCGGAAUGUGCAGAAUAUCUUUCACCCAGUCGAAAACUUAUGGAAACGAUAGUCAUAAUACCGCUCUGCCUGAUUGCAAUCAAGUGUUCCGUUAGCAGGCUGAAACCCAUCACGUACCGACAGUUGGAUCGAGUGACAGGCUGUGCGCUCGGUGUAAACCGAUCGCUCAGCAGUAGCAAUCACAAUCUUCACCAUUUGCACUACCAGCGCAAUCUAAUUGAUUCAGAACCGCGAGAUCUGCUGAUGCCUCACCAUCGAGAGCGAUCGUUCUCCUCCGCCUCGAUUGCCAGCGGAUUGGUAGAGGAAUUUCAUUGCCAGCGAUGUGUUCAAGCAGGCGUGGUGUCAGGUCGUGGUACGGCUACUCCUGGCGAAAUCCUUGUACCAAGCUGGGGAAAGCAGUUUCUACUUGUUACUAUGACACUAACGUUGGGAGUUGAGCUGGGCUUUAAAUUCGCCACUAGAACAGUGAUUUACAUUUUAAACCCGUGUCAUAUUACUACCAUCAUGCAGAUAUAUCUUUUAGCCUGCAAUAAACCGACAAAAAGCAGUACAGUGCUCUUUCGACUACAGAUGAAUUUUUUAAACGGUCCGCUGUUAGCAUUUAUGUUUCCCGAAACCGACAGUCGACAGCUACCAUUAGAAUCUUCUAUCUAUUGGAUACAGCAUGCGCUGAUGUGUAUAAUACCUGUAUUCCUGUUGAGAAAUGGAGGAGUUUAUAGCAUGGAAGCAUUGAAUGAUUUCACAUGGAAUGUUAUAGGCUAUGCUACUUUAAUUAUUUAUCACUUUGGGGUCCUUCAAGUAGUAGCAACUCCAGUGCAAGUUAACCUAAACCACAUGCUGUGUCCAGCAUUAAAAGAUCCUUUUGAAGGUCCCAACUAUCGCAUAUUUGCCGUAUUCCAUGAGGCAAUUCUUUGCACAUUGCUAUGCAAACUAGUCACGUUUCUGUUUAGUCCGGUGCCAUCAUCAAUUAUAAAUCAUCCGACGUUUAAAAACGGAAAGCCUACGGACUCAUCGCCUAUAGCGUCGGCGACUAAUAUAGGAUCAUCUACGUCUCUGCCGCCGCACAUAAUCUCCUCAUCUCGCCCAUCAUCGCGAUCGUCAUCGCCAGCAAAAUCCACCUCGUUGCUGCAGGAGAACAAUAUUAUUAUAAAAACUAGCAAAAUCGACUAGUUUCAAAUUUUUUCCUUCAGGCUAGGGCUAGUGAUGAUGAACAAUACUAGUUGAAGAUUCUUCGCAUCAGUAUAUAUAAAGGCUGUUUGUAGAUACAAUAUAGAUACAUUUUCAAUCUCCUACCUUGCCUAUUUUAGGAUAG